CGAUAUAGUGCCAUCUCUGGCACCCGCCAAAUCUCGACCUUUGAUUUAAUGCUGUGCCGCUUUGUUUACCUCUGUGGAUUCCGCGUCCAUGCUGCCCUUCGUUGAGGAGCACGUGCCGGAGCUGCUUCUGCAGCGCUCGAGCAUCGCCUUCAGCCGCAACCUGCACCUGGAGCGCGGUCGGGAUCGACAUAAUGCCACCUCCAGCUUGGUGCUCGCUCGGAACCUAAAGUUCUACGAAUUCCGGCGCAAGCAGCUCCUGCAUCACAUCGAUUUGAGGGGUACUCGGUUGCAGCGGUGGGCCGUGCAGCUGGAGAGCUACAGUGGACCCGUGAGCAACUUCUUGCCAAAGGAGCCAGACUCUUUUAAUGGCCAGGAGUUGGACUGCAGCAUGCUGUCGUCGCCAGAGGACCUACCAAUCCAGAUAGGCAAAUACGUGUGGCAGCAGGAUCAGAUCUAUAUACUGCUGCACUGCUGGGAGCUGUUCCUCGUCCUACGUCGGCCCAAGGGGCAUGGCUGCAACUUUGAGCUGGUGGCUCAGCACCUGGAUGUGGCCUUGUUCCGCAUGAUUGGCGGCCCCAUACCCUACCAGGCCUACGUGGAGCUACAGUUCGGUAGCAGUGGCAAGCGCCUGUGCACGGACUUUCAGGAGCCCCCGCUGGACGAGGGCCCCAGCACCUCCAGCAAGGCCAGCGCCUCUGCCUCCGCCUCCGCCACAGUUUCCGUGUCGUCGCAGAAAUUUGAGCGCCUGGUGCAGCAAGUGCAUAGCGCCCGAGCGGAGCUCUCUAGUCAGCGAGCGCAGACGCAGCGGGACUUUGCCCGCAGCCAGGAUCUGCAGACCUUUGGGCCACCCGGCCAGCGUUCCUUGUUGCUGGAGGAGAAGCAGCUGUUACGGCGCUUCGGCGACGUGUGGACGCGUGUGUGCGGUGACUAUCUGGUAUGCGGAUGCCUGAUGGUCAACAUAGCCGGUAGCCAUCGGAUGAGCAUUGUGCAGGAGUUGCGUCCGCUGGUGCGUCUGGAGCCACCGCCACCAAACAUCAGCCUCGAACAUCGCCUGUACGAGCUGCCGCUGCAGGCGGAUAGCCAGCCACCCGAGGAUUAUGAUGAGCUGGCGCAGUUCUGGGCAUGUCAGGAGCAGCACAGUCGUCGCUUGAAUUGGCGGGAGGUGGCAAAGGCCGCACAGCUGCCGCCCGAGUGCUCGGCGGUGUUGGUUGUACGCCUGCGGCUUGCCGACCUCCUGCAGGCGGAACAGCUUCACCUGAUGGCGGUGUAUGAGGUGAGGAGCGUGCAGGAGAAACAGCUGGAAGCGGAAGCGGCGACGGAGAUCAGGCAGCUGCAUUUGGUGAGUUUGGAUGCGAGAAAGCUUCUGGACGACAUGGAGGCCCAGGCACCCACAUUUGCCGCAUCCACAUUGCACCAGGACUUUCUUGCCGUUAUCGUCACCCAAAAGGCGCAUUGUACUUUGCGCCUAGAGUUCCAGGCGGCUCAGGACUGCACGCGGUUCGAGCAGCUGCUGGCGUCCAAGCUACAGUUCGAGCUGAUCCAGGCGCAGGAUCAAACCUCCCACUUGCAACUCCUAGAUGGCACCUGCUCGGAAACCGAUUUCGAGUUGGCAUCUGACCCUGAUUCCGUGCAGCGCAUCUUCCACAACCGCCAGCCGCUGUCGCAAUGGUGCGGCAUCCUCCUGCUCCGCGACGAUCCCGGACAGCAUUGGCACGUGUACGCGCCCACAGAAGCCCGUCUGCGCCUGCUGCUCCACCACCUGAUGCGCGAUCUCCUGCAGCUGCACUGCAAUCUCACCCUGCUCGAGAUGAGCGAGCAUAACCCUUCGCCUGCGGACGACGUCGCUGCUCUCGAACUGGAAGCAAGUCUCGGCGAGGAGCUGCAGGCCUGGACAGCCCUACUGCGGACGGGAAACGGAGCGGAGAAGCGACUGGAACAACUGCAGCAUAUCCAAAGUCUGCAAAUGGUCAGCGAUGUGCUGGCGGCAACUGUGAUAAGGAGGCAGAAUGAUCAGGAAUAGGUGGCAUGCCAUAAUC